CUGGGACUGUCUGGAACCUUCUGCGCGCGGCGCCUGGAAGAAGAAACUGUCUAAACGAAGAGCAUGAAGCCAAAUAAAAUCCCACUUACAUUUCAAGUCAGGGAGGUAAAAGUAAACCACGUCUCCCCUGCCCCAGUGAUAUCAAGUGUUUUGUUACUUGAAAAUACACAUCAUGUCAGAAAGGAAACCCAAGAGACCUCGCAGAAUUUUAUCAACUAGCAAGACUAAAAAAAAUGAAUCUAACUCAAUUAUUUCGUUUUUUAACAAUGCCCCACCUGCAAAACUUGCAUGCCCCAUUUGUAGUAAAAUGGUGCCGAGAUAUGACUUAAAUCAGCACCUGGAUGAAAUGUGUGCUGACAAUGGUAACAUCGCUCCUGCUGGUUCAGGGCAUAUGGGCUUAAAGCAAUCAAAUGUGUUCACGAUGAAUGUAACCAAUGUUACUGUAAAAAAUGUUACCCCAGAGAAAUUGUCUUCACCUAUGGCCAAUUUAACCCCUGGCCAAAGUGAGUCAGCAAAAACGGGCAUAAAACAGCAGACCAGCCCUUAUUUUAAAAGUAAUAAUGAUUUGGUGCACAAAAAUCAAGAUGAACGGACAUAUAGUAACGUGAAAGUCAUUCCUUUGGGAAGUCUGUCAUCCAAGUUGUCCAGAAGAUACAUAAAGACUAGAAGAUCAAUGAAUAAGAAUGAGGAAUUUGCCAGUCAUAGCCCACCAAGCUCCUCUUCCAUGGCAGUCGGGAGCCUGGCAGAUAACUGUGUAGAGACUGAGGACAAGGAUCAGACUUUGGAGAAUAGUUCUCAAAAGGAAAAUCUGUUUACAUGUGAUUUUAAGGAACACAGUGCUGAUGAAGGCUCUCACAUAGUGGAAGCCGAAAGCCUAAAGGCGCCACAAGAAUGUGGGCGAUCAGCCCUCACCCCCACCUUUUCAGAUACUGCCCCCGUGACAGGUUCACCAGUUAAAACUCCUGGGAAUAAAUUACUGAAGUCUGCUUUAGACAACAGUUUUGCAGAAGCGGAGAAUAUCAAAGGAGCAGAUAGUAAAGGUGUUGAACAAUAUGAGGUAGCAAGUUGUGAAGAGGUGAAGAUGGCGGAAGUUACAAGACAGUUGACCCAUCAUGAGACGGGAUCUCCUGCAUCUGCACACGCCGUUUCUAACUCAAAUAGCCUCCAAGAACUUCCUCUGGAAGAUAACAGUGGCUUCCAGAGUGAAGUCACUGGCAGGAUUCCUGUGGAGCAAGGACGAGGUGAAACCAUUUCGGCUUGGCCGAGUCAUCCUUAUUACCUUCAGAGUUUCCUCACGGUGCUGAAAGCCGUGUUUGAGAAUGAGGAUGAUCAGAUGCUCUUUGAUGAACCUGAGAAGGGCAUUGUAAUGACAUUUCAUCGGUUAUCAGCCAAUGGGCAGAAGUUGUACGUACGACUUUUUCAACGUAAAUUCAGCUGGAUUAAGAUGAAUAAAUUGGAAUAUGCAGAGAUUGCUUCUGAUUUAACACCAGUAAUUGGAGAAUUAAAGCAGGCAGGCUUUCUGCAGACAGAAUCUGAGUUGCAAGAACUCUCUGAAGUGCUUGAACUUCUUUCUGCUCCUGAACUGAAAGCCCUGGCAAAAACCUUCCACUUGGUGAAUCCCAAUGGGCAGAAACAGCAGCUGGUGGAUGCCUUUCUCAAACUCGCCAAACAGCCUUCAGUUUGUACUUGGGGCAAGAAUCAGCCUGGAAUCAGUGCAGUGAUUUUAAAAAGGGCUAAAGACCUGGCCGGCCCUUCGCUGAGAGUCUGCAGAGGCCCUCGGGCUGUGUUUUCCCGGAUCUUGCUGCUGUUCUCACUGACUGACUCUCUGGAAGACGAGGAAGCCGCCUGUGGCGGUCAGGGACAGCUCGCUACCGUGCUGUUGGUCAACCUUGGCCGGAUGGAGUUUCCCAGGUACACCGUCAACAGGAAAACCCAAAUCUUCCAAGACAGAGAUGAUCUUAUCAGAUAUGCAGCUGCCUCCCACAUGCUGAAUGACAUUUCUACCGCAAUGGCCAGUGGGAACUGGAAGGAAGCUAAUGAACUUGCUCAAUGUGCGAAAAAAGAUUGGAACAAUCUGAAAAACCACCCUUCCCUGAGGUACCACGAGACGUUGCCAGUCUUUCUGCGGUGUUUUACUGUUGGGUGGAUUUACACGAGGAUUUUGUCUCGGACCGUGGAAGUGCUGCAGAGACUCCACCUGUAUGAGGAAGCCGUGGAGGAGCUCGAGAACCUUCUGUCCCAGCACGUGUACUGUCCUGACAGCAGAGGCCGGUGGUGGGACAGGCUGGCUCUGAACUUACACCAGCACCUGAGGCGCCUGGAGCCGGCCAUCAAGUGCAUCGCGGCAGGGCUGGCGGAUCCAGAGGUCAGGACGGGGCACCGCCUUUCACUCUAUCAGAGAGCUGUGCGCCUGAGAGAGUCUCCGAGCUGUCAGAAGUACAGGCACCUCUUCCGUCAGCUGCCAGAAAUAACAGUGGAAGACGUAAAGCAUGUGACCAUCACGGGCCGGCUGUGCCCGCAGCGUGGGAUGGGCAAGUCUGUGUUUGUGAUGGACGCUGGGGGGGCCACCCCUGCCACCGUCCUGUGCUCUGUGGAGGAACUGGCUCUGGCCCAUUAUAGAUGUGAAGGCUUCGACCAGGGUAUUCACGGGGAAGGAUCCACCUUUAGCACGCUCUGCGGCCUCCUCCUGUGGGACGUGAUCUUCAUGGAUGGGAUACCAGAUGUCUUCAGAAACACCUACCAGGCGUUCCCACUGGACUUGUGCACAGACAGCUUCUUCACAAGCAGGGGGCCGGCCAUCGAGGCCCGGCUGCAGCAGAUUCACGGUGCCCAGGCAGGGAGCCUGCGGGCCUGGGUGGCAGCCACGUGGCGGGCCCAGGAAGGCAGAGUGGCUUCCCUUGUCAGCUGGGAUCGCUUUGCAUCUCUUCAACAAGCUCAGGAUCUUGUUUCCUGCUUGGGGGGCCCCCUCCUCAGUGGUGUGUGCAGGCGCCUGGCUAUGGACUUCCGACAUUGCCGAGGGGGCCUCCCUGACCUGGUUGUGUGGAACUCCCAGAACCAUCGCUUUAAGCUGGUGGAAGUUAAAGGCCCCAGUGACCGUCUUUCACAUAAGCAAAUGAUCUGGUUGGAUGAGCUGCAGAAGUUAGGGGCUGCAGUAGAAGUCUGCCACGUCGCUGCAGUUGGAGCCAAGAGCAAAGGUCUUAACUGAAAGCUGUGGAAUGGAGAAUAUCUGGUCAUAUAUCUAUGAUUUCAAAAGCAUAAAGCAUCACUGUAUUUAAUUUUACUACUGGUGGUAAUAAACUUGUAACAACUCA